AUGGCGCCGCACACUAAACUUAGUGCGUGGGCGCUGCUCUUCAGCGCCUGUGCCUGUUCUCGCAAUCAAGGUCACGACCGACCUCCUUUGGCGCAGACCCUCAUCUUCCGAAGUGCAACGACCACCGAUCGAGCGGAUGCCCACAUCUCUCAGCCCAUGUGUUCCACACCCAACGGCGCGGCUGAGCGUCGCGAAGACGAUGCCCCGCCCUCCACCACCAAACCCGUCGUUAUCGACGCUGGCUUGAGGAGUCAAGACCACUACAAAAAGGCUAUGCCCCCAUGGCGAUACAACCUCCGACAGCGUAUGCUUCCUCUGGUACGAUGGGAAACGCCCUACCUCGCAUGGUUUCAGGAGAGGGCCCGCACGCCUGCUCUCGACAGCUACUUCGCCAUCACGGCCAACCUCGGCACCCACACCUUUUUCAUGAUCGGCCUGCCAAUGCUGUUCUGGUAUGGCUAUGCCUCGUUCGGCAAGGGUCUCGUCCAUAUCCUCGCUGAGGGCGUCUUCUUCACCGGUUUCAUCAAGGACUUGUGCUCUCUGCCACGACCCCUCUCGCCGCCCCUCCACCGAAUCACCAUGUCCGGCUCAGCAGCGCUCGAGUACGGCUUUCCCUCCACGCAUAGCACGAACGCCGUGUCGGUGGCUCUCUACGCCAUUCUCGUUCUGCGCAGUCCGGAAACGGAGUAUUCCGCGACCACCAAGCUCGUGCUCGAGGGUCUCUCCUACUUCUACGCCAUCUCCAUCGUUGUCGGCCGCCUGUACUGUGGCAUGCACGGGUUCCUCGACGUCGUGGUCGGUUCUGUCAUUGGCGCCCUGAUUGCCCUGGCCGAGUUCUACUACGGCCCGCCUCUCGACGCCUACAUGCACUCCAGUUCGUGGGUCGCUGUCCUCAUCGCUGCCCUCGUCGUCAUUGUCCUCGUGCGCAUUCACCCGGAGCCAGUGGAUGACUGCCCCUGCUUCGAUGACAGCGUCGCUUUUGCAGGUGUCAUGAUUGGUCUCGAAUAUGCUACGUGGAACUACGGCCGGACCCCUUACGACCCUUUCGACACCAAUGCCCACAACUUCCAGUCCAUCAACUUGGGGCCUCUCGGCGUACCGGUGCUUGUCGCUCGUCUCUUCUUUGGCGUCUUCGUCAUUUUCGCCUGGCGCGAGAUGAUGAAGCCCACCCUGCUACGCGCUCUGCCGCAUCUCUUCCGCCUGAUCGAGCGUGCUGGUUACUCUCUGCCCCGUCGCUUCUUCACCCCAGCCUCCGAGUACAAGUCUAUCCCUGCAGGUUCGCGGAUGGACAACCUCAUCCCUUCUGUGCGCGAAAUCGUCCGUGUCGGUGAGUCCAUUCGCCAUCCGGCUACGCGCGGACGAUCUGUCUCCAUCGGACCACAGAGCGCUGCCGACGCUUACGAGGCUCUAGCCUACCGCGAGCGUAGGCGUAGGGAGAGCAUUGGAAGCAAUGGCAGCACCAAGGGCAAAGAGGCACUGGCUGGUGUCCAGGAGAACAGUGACGACCGUGAUGGCCGCGGCGCGGCAUCCGGUGUCCAUGGCGGGAUUGGCGAAUAUGAGAAGCAGAUGGGCUCUUUCGUCUCCAGCCCGAUUGAAGAGUCGAGGGCCACGGACUUCCCCUCUCCCGAACAGGAUGAAGCUGAGGAGAAGGAGAUGUUCUCCCGCCUAACGAGGCCGAGAGUGCGGUAUGACGUCGAGGUUGUGACAAAGCUCGUCGUGUAUGCUGGGAUUGCCUGGCUCGGCGUGGGCAUGAUCCCCAUCAUGUUCGAGUUUGUCGGCUUGGGAUCCAGUCACCUCCGCAUCGCAGCAUGA